AGCUGGAUACCCAGAAGGAGCGCCUACGAAGGCGGGGAAUUCAAGCUUAUUAAAGGAAGGGAAGCCGGCAGGGAGAGCAGGCAAGGAGAGAAGGAGACGGUGGCGCAUCCCGUUCGGAGGGGUUCCCCUCCGCCCCGCCCCCCGGAACCCCGAGUCCUAGCGCACAAAAAAGGGCACUGCAAAGAGGGGUCCUCAGGCGGCCAAACCGGUGGAUGAAAGGAGCCAGUGGAGGAUUUUUUGCAUUCUUUAAAAAAGAUAAAAGUUGGCACUGCAUCAACUGGACACUGCUGGGUUUUUUCCUCCAGGAUCCCCGACCUUCUCUGACUAAGCUUCCUGAGUUAUAAGGGUUUGUCGAAAUUUCAGUGCAGUUGUGUGCCAGAGGAUGGCAGGACCUCGUCUAUCCAGCUGUCCCCUUCUAUUCUUGGCCAUGGGGCUGCUAGAAAUGGCUUCUUGUGCGGGUUCUGUGACAACUGAGAAAAAUGGAAGCAGAAGGAGCCAUGAGAAGAAAUCCCAGUGGAAUGAAUAUCCCACAGGACAAAGAGCAGGCAGCAACCUCCCCUUAGCAUCAUCCAAUGAUCCCGAAACUAUUACAGGAAAUGCUCACAUUGACCCCCGGGAUGCCUGGAUGUUCUUUAUGAAGCAAUCAAAUAAAGGGGCAAACAGCAGAAAGAGAAGCAAAAGCAAAUCCCAAAAAAUCAGGUUUGGCAUUCCUGGCCCUCCAGGACCAGCUGGUCCACCAGGACCUCCUGGAGCUGUGAUCAGUCAGGAGGAGCUGCUACGGGAAUUCCGAUUGCUGCUUAAAGGAAUAAUCAGGGAAUGGGAAGAGUUUAAUCUGAAAACCUGUGACAACUGCCAGGAAGAGGAGGAAAGGGACAGGAAAGAAGAGAACUUCUUGGCUCAGAUAACUGGCUCACUGUUGGCAAGCAGGGAGCAGGGGCAAGUGAAGGCAGCCUUCCACUGCCGGACCCGGAAGAACAUUUCCAUUGAACGACGGUCCCUUAAAGAACUUCAUCUCUACUACAUACCUAAAGCAGGGGAGAUAUUCCAUCGUGGCCUAGGACUAAACCUUACCAAUGGUCAAUACAAAGCACCUCUAAGUGGAUACUACAUCUUCUCUGCUACACUGCAUAUUGCUAACAGGAAUCAUUCAAACAAAAGCCAGUCACUCACCCAGGAUCGCCUGCGCUUGCUUAUCUGUGUUGAGUCACUCUGCCAGCAGAAUAUUUCAUUGGAAACAGUGAGCGGUAUGGACAAGCACAGCAAACUUUUCACUAUUUCAGUCAAUGGAAUUCUCUUCCUGCAGGCUGGCCAAUAUGCUUCAGUUUUUGUUGACAAUGCAACAGGAUCAUCUCUCACAAUACAAAGAGGGUCAGACUUCAGUGCUGUCUUUUUGGGUCUCUGACUGGCCCACAGGUGCCCAUCAUUAAGCUAGAACCCAGCCCUAAACUAAGUUUGUCUUCAGUUACAUGAGUCUUGAUUUCAGAGAGAAGUGUAUAGCACCAGAACUAUAAAGCAGCAAGAUUUGUGUCCAUGCAAUGCAGGAAUACCAUACUGCUGCUCCUUGGUCAAGCAUUUGAAGUGCAAGAAGAAAUGCCCCUCCUGCCCAAAAAAGGAAGGGGCAAGUGUCAUUAACCUAGAAAUUCCUCGGUUGUUAACUAUUGACCUUUUGAUGUAUGUUUUUCAAAGCGAGUUUAUUCUUAAAACCGUAUACAUAGUCAUGUUGAGACAUUCCAUACUAAAGUGAUUCUGACCUAUGUCCCAAAGGACUUUUGUUUUAGUAUGAAAUUUUCCAUCUGCUCUUUUACCUCAAAAAGUCAGGAGUCUCUUACUGCCUUCUGUUGCAUAGUGCCCAAAUGGUCAUCAUUUGCAAUUUUGGAAGUUUUGAGGUUAAGUACUAGGGUGCUUAUAGAUCCUCAGUGUUGCAGAAACCUUGAGGCCUUAAAAACAUCUAACUCUAAACAAAGGAGAGGAAUAAGAUAUUACCUUGUGCCACCCAUUUUGAACUCGAUUAAGGGUUUAUCAUAGCAGGUUAAGGGGCUCAGCCAUCCAAUGCUGACAUGAUGAAGGAAAGAGAGAAUGUCUUAUUUCUUAGUAAUUUUUUGUUUGGCUGCCAGAAUUGCAGAGCGAUAUCUAAGAAUUCUGACAUCACUGAGCACCACCCUCCCAUGCUACAGUAACUGUGGCACGUAGGCAGGCAGUUGAAGUACUGUUGCAUUUUGUUUAAUUUUCAGAGGAAAAAAACCCACACCCUUAUCUAUUAAAGCCUGAAAAUAUACUUCAGUAACAGAUUGCUGUGGCUACUGUUCCAUGUAUCUAUGCUGCUACGUAAAACACAAGAACUUUCUAUUAGAACAGCUUUCUUUCUGAAAUUGUGCUUCUUGACCCCUGAUGUUCUGCAUUGCUACCACAUAGGAAAUCUUACUUCAAAUACCAACAGAUGUGCAUCUGGAUCUUUACAUUCCACAAAAGAACUACAUUUUUGAAUAUUUCCCCUUGAAAGACUCCCUGUACAUAAGAAUGCUAGCAUGCUACUGUGACUUCCUGCCUUCUAUGUGAAAGGGAUUUUUGAUGUAGGAGAAUAUUUGGGCAAUUCCCCCUCCUUCCAUGAAAGCUAAGGCAAAUAUUUUUGCCCAAAAACAAAAAAAUCAAUAUUGUGUAGUUUGAUAGCAUGAUGGAAAGAACACCAGCAGAAAAUGGCUGUAGAUUGCUGGCCCAAGCAGAUACAUUUCAGUUGCUGGGCCCUAACCUCAUAGUCUGUGAACUGGGCCAAUUCCCAGUAAGCUGAGCACCCACCCUUCUCUCUCUGGCAAUACCCUCCAGCCUGAUAAGCCCACAUUGGUGCCCUGCCUCAUGAGCACACUUACUCUUCACUCUUCAGCUGUUUUGUAAUGCCUACAUUAAUAUAUGAUAUAGAGUAUUUUAUGAGAAGCUCUAUUUAUUGUACUAUAUUAAGAAAUAUAUAUUUAUGUACCUA